UACAUGCAGUGGAAAGGCAUAAUUUAUUAAACAGUAUUAUUCAUUAUCAUGUUUCUUCCUAAUAUUUUAGUGAAACAAAGAGAAGUUUCAUAUCCUUUUGUUUAGUUAACUUUUAUGAAAACUAUAAACGAUUCAGAGACGUUUCUUUUUUAUUGUCAAAAUUUUGUUUUUGAUGUCAUAACCUCAACGUUCUCAAAAUAAAGUUUUGCUUCGAUUGAAAAAUUGGGUUGUUCCAAAUAUGCAUUUUUUCCCAAUAUUUUCAUCACAUUCCUCACUUCUCUGCAGUGUAAUGAAUAUACUUUAUUGCGAAUAAAUUAUGCUUGUGAACGACGAAAAAACAAAUCAUAAUGCACUGCUUUAUCACACUGUUUACAGAACUUCACAUUGCCCAGUAGUGAUGUUUAGUAUCAGAAGCUUAAAUGUUUGUAUUAUCUAUUGACUGAUAUCAACAAUUACGACAAAUCAAUUGUGUUUUAUGUGUUAUAAAGAUUUAUUGUACAAAAAAGUAGUUGUUUAUGUGAAGAUAUAUUGUGUAAAUUCUUCGGGUGCAACUUAUCAAGCUCAACAAAUGUAAUGAAUACGACACUGGCAGAGAAAAUUAAAUUUAAAGAAUUGUGCAAUAUAUUGGAAGAAGUUUCCAAAGCACAUACUACUAAAAAAGCUGAGAUUUUAGAGAGGUUCAUGCAGCGAUGUCGUUUUAUUAGCCAAGAAUUGAAAAUACAGUGUCCUGAUGCGGACAUCUCAAUUUUCCCCCUAUUAAGAUUAAUUUUACCUGAUCUGGAACGAGAACGUGGGCCUAACAAAUUAAAAGAGAAAUCUCUUGCCGAUCUUUACAUUCGUGUAUUUUGCUUGGGUAAAGGCCAAGAGGCAAUUAAACUUAUGCAAUAUAAAGUCCCAAGGAUAGAAAAGAACCCGGGUCGUGAUUUCGCAGAGAAAGCGAGCUGGAUUCUGCGAAACCAUUUGCGACGUGAAGCCUCAGGCAUCACCAUAAAGGAAAUUAAUUUAUUUCUCGAUGAUAUAUCAUCGAGAACUGAAAAUAAUCAACGAAAGGAUGAAACAUUUAAAAUUUUAUUAGGGAAAAUAGAUGCGUUAGAGUUUAAAUGGAUCACACGAAUAAUUCUUAAAGAUUUAAAAUGUGGUGUUAGAACAAAGAGGAUACUGCAAGUUAUUCAUCCAGAUGCAAAUUCUUUAUUUGAUGUGUCAUCAGAUUUACGUCAAGUCUGUGAUACAUUAUACCAUCCUCAUACAGGAUAUCAUCCUCAAUUGAGGCAUCAUCAUGAUAUCAAAGUAUUUUCUCAUUUUAAACCUAUGCUUCUGGAGAAAUGUAAAAUUGAGGAUAUUAAGAAACUUUUUGUCAGUGGUGAAAAGUAUUUUGUGCAAUGUAAAUAUGAUGGUGAACGAUCUCAAAUGCAUAUGAAAAAUGGCAGGUAUAAAUAUUUCACGAGACAAGGAUACGACAUUACAAAUAAUCCUGGUUAUGGUGAAAACAGUUCUUCAGGUUUUAUGAGCAGUGUAUUUAGUCGACUUUUAAAUCCAUUAUGUACAUCAAUAAUCCUGGAUGGUGAAUUAAUGGGUUGGCAUAAAGAGAAGAAAUUGAUGGGUUCGAAAGGAAUGAAUUUUGACGUUAAAAAAUUAUCAAAUAACAGUCAUCAUCAGCCAUGUUUUAUUGCAUUUGAUAUCAUUAUGUACAAUGAUACUUUGGUUGUCAAUGAACCAUAUGUAAAACGGCUGAAAAUUUUAAAAGAUGCAAUUAAAGAAGAAGUGGGUUCUUUAAUGUUAUGUGAAAUUAAUGAAGUUUCUACAAGUGAAGAUGUAUGCCGAUUGUUCAAUACAAGUAUGGAAAAUAAAGAAGAAGGAUUAGUCGUAAAAAAAUGUGACAAUAAAUAUAAACCAAAUGUACGAGAUGGUAGUGGUUGCUAUAAAAUAAAAGCAGAGUAUUCGGAUGGCCUGGUUAACGAUGUAGACUUGAUUAUUCUUGGUGGAUAUUAUGGAGAAGGAAAAUUUAUGAAUUUAAUAAAAAGUUUUCUGGUGGGAGUGGUUUCCCCACCAAAUAUACCAGGAGAAAAUCCAACAAAAUUUUUAUCUGUUGUAUCUGUAAGCAAUGGUUUUUCCAUGGAAACAUUAAAGGAUCUUUGGAAAAAAUUUGAAAAAAAAUGGAAAAAAAAAUGUCCUGGGAAUGUAAUUCCACCCAGACGUGAACCACCAGAUUUGUGGAUUUGCCCUGAAGAUUCAAUAAUUAUUACAGUAAGGGCAACAGAGCUGACACGAAGUAAUAAUUAUCAAACAGGAUACAGUUUGAGGUUUCCUAAAGUCAUAAAGAUUAGAUAUGACAAACCAUGGUAUAGUACUUGCACAACUACAGAAUUGUUAUCCUUCGUUAAAGAUUCCCGACCAAUUCACAAGCUGACAAAGCGGAAUGUAGACCAUGAUGAUAUAGAAGAAGUUCCCGAAGUAAAAAUGCACAGACCAGCAAAACCACGUUUUCCAGUACUUGAUAAUAAGCCAUCAAGACUUAAUAUUUAUGAAAAUCACCCAGUUUAUUUAACACGACUUCUUGAUGGUAGAAAGAUCUGUGUGAUAAAUGGCGACAACGAAUUGCCUAAAGAACACAUUGAAAAAGUUCUUAUGCAACACCGAGCGACACUUGUCAAAAACCCAUUAAAUGAUAAUUACUGUAUUAUCGUUGGUAACGUUAAAACGGCACGGGCACAGAGCAUUAUACAAAGAGAAGAAUAUGAUGUGGUAACAUUAGAAUGGUUCAAGCGUGUUGUCAAAGAAGAGAAUUGGUCUUCGUUAGAAGAUUUUUUUCCCUGGGAGAUAAUAAGUUGCCGUGAAUCGACGAAAUGUCGGCUGGCAUGUUAUUAUGACGACUAUUAUGAUAAUUAUUUUGCGGAUGCAACCGAAGAAAGUUUGAUACGUUCAUUAGAAAAAGCGGGCGAAGAGGCAAAGACUAUUGAACUCAGUCUUGGAGAAAUGAAGAAGUUAGAUCGCAAGUUAUUCGACCACGGAAUUUCACCUUAUUCCAUAUUUAGAGAAAUAGCGGGAUACUUUGAUAAUCCAUCAGAUACAUCCAAAUAUGCAUUUCGUUUCAUGGCAGGAAUUGUUAAAGAAAUCAUCGACGAUUCUGUGACACACGUAUUCACCGACGGAAACUCUCUCAGUUCCGAAUUAAAAAAUUCAAUGGACAAUAAGUUACAGAGGCUUCCAACAAUUGUCAAAAGUGAGUGGAUUAGAGCAUGUUUCAUCCAAAACGAACUCAUUCCAGUGAAUGAAUAUCUGAUCGAAUAAAAUAUUAAUAUAAACUGGAUGUUACAUAUGUCCUUAAGAUGUAAUAUACGUGGGUACUGUUAUAUCAUCCAUUUUAAGUUAAUGAAUUUAUUUGUAAAAUAAAUUUUGUAGAAUCACUUUUCCUGUAUAUCAAAUAAUGUAAAAUGGAAAAUAUAGUUUUGAAAUCGUUUGC